AUGGACGCGGGGACGAUGGCAGGGACUGUUGGAGUCCAUCCAGGUCACCGCGCGGACCAGGCGAGUCGAGGGAACGCGACUACCCUCCGAGAACCCCCGCUCGCAGACGGCACCCUUCCCAGCUCGACGGAGCUCGCCUACACGACAGAGACGCGCGUCAGGAUGGCCAACUCGCCUGCGUCGUCGACCGCGACCAGCCGCGCGUCCAGCCCCGUCCUCGCCAACGGCCCUACCCUCCGCAGACUCGCCGUUCCACCUGGAGCGGACUCUGCGAACGGUGGCAUCUUUCGACGGAAGAGUCCUGCGCCGCUUGUACUGCGCCAGGACGAACCACUCGUGCGGCGACUGUCCCUCGCCGUGCAAGACUACGCUCUCGCCGCCGCCCACCCCUCGACCUACGUCUCCUUCCUCCGCUCCCUCCAUCCCUCUCUCCUCGCCUUCUUUCUCAUCUCCGUCUCGGCCACACUCUCGAACAAACAUCUCCUGCGCGGCUUCUUCCACGGCCUGACGUACUCGCUCACGGCGUGGCAGAUGGCCUGCGCGACGGGAGGGACCGUCCUCGCUGCCCGAGUCGGCGCGUACAGGCCGUACAAGGUCAAGCAGCGGCACGAGCGGAUAGUCCAGGCUGUCGCGGUGGUCUUCUCGUGCGAGAUACUGUGCUCGAACUUGGCCUUGCGACUCGUGCCCGUUCCCUUCCACGUCUCCCUACGCGCCGCUUCCCCCAUCCUCACCCUCCUUCUAUCUGUCAUCUUCUUCCACGACCGCACGACGCUGCGCACCUCCUCCUCGCUCCUCAUGGUCCUCCUCGGCGUCUCCCUCACCUCGCACCACGAAGCCUGGCUCUCCCCGGGCUCAGUCCUCCUGAUCCUCUCCGCCCUCCUCCUCACGACCAAAUCCCUCCUCGUCUCCCAACUCCUCCAAGAAAGGAUGCACCUCGCCCCGCUCGAUAUCCUCGCGCGCACAGCACCCCUCUCGAUGCUCCACUGCGCGUUGUUUGCGGUUCUGAAUGGCGAACCGAGGAGGUUGUGGACCUUUGUGAGGAGUAAGGAGUUUACGAGCGCGCAUCUGGCGAUGGUCGCGCUGAAUGGGGUACUGAGUUUCUCGGGGGUGGUGAUGGGGCUGGCGGCGGACAAGAAGACUCGACCGCCUUUACUCUCCAUCACCACCCACGCCGCCCAAGCCUCGACAAUCCUCUUCUCGCUCUUCUUCUUCUCCCUCCGCCUCUCGCCUCUGAACUUCCUUGGCGUCGGCCUCACACUCGCAGGUGGGGUCCUCUACGCUCGAUACGACGCGAGGGAUAAGGAGGAGGAAGAGGGAUUGGGAGGGGAGGGGUUGCCGGUAAGGAGUCCGGCGGGGAAUGGAGAUGGGACGGAGGGGAAGGAGAAGGGGUUCUUGGAUUAG